AUGGACUGUGGUUUAUUUGUGCCUUCGCAGCAAGGCACGCCGUUUGGUGUGCGCGGGUAUAAAUUCAUGUCGGAAUCCUGGGAAAUAUUUAAUGUAUUUAACAGGAUACUAAUUUAACGUUUGAACUAACAAGUCUUCCUGAGUCAAGCUUCAGGCUUUUGGGUGGAGAAAAGGACAAGAACAGGUCUCAGGACUACAAUGAACAUUCAGUCUGCCAUCAACAAAGAGGUCUUCAUUCCUCGUGAUGAGCGGAUGCUGGUGGCAGUGGAGGUGCGAAGGAGGAAAAGGAAGAGGAUGUCCUUCCUGCCUACUGGAGCCAAAGGAGACUACGCCACAUUCAUCUGCAUUUCAGUGACCAACACAAGACCACACCAGCUCCUCAUUACAAAGGUGAAGCAGUUUGGUGGCUCCUCCUCCUUCACCAGGAGGUCCCAGUGGACGGUGGAGCAGCUCCGACAGGUCAACGGCAUCAACCCCAACAAGGACAGCCCAGAGUUUGACCUGGUGUUUGACAAUGCUGUGGACCAGUGGGUGGCCAGCUCACCAGCAGAGAAGUGUAUCUUUGUCCAUAUCCUGUACCAUGCCUGCCAGACCUACUGGGAGGGGAAAGCAGGGAGUCUGGGAAAGGCUGUGAAGCUGGGCAAGGUGGGCCGCAAGGAGAGAGCUAGUCAGUGCGCUCACCACGAGGUUGGAGCUGGUCCCACUGACUCCCCACCAAAAUCUGCAUCCAGAACUCUGCAGGCCCGACGGAAGAGCUAUGUUCCUCCUAGACAGGCAGAGUUCAUCAACUGCCAGUCCAAACUCACUGGAGACGCCUGCACCAUGAAUCUGGUCAUCUAUCGCUGCAAAGCCUUCUUGAAUCGUAUGAAGAAUAUGAUGGUUGCAAAGCAAAGUCGCUCACCUGGUCGAGGUCAGCGUGUCACAGGUAGCAGUAUGGGUAAUGUAGUCCAGAGGGUGAAUGUGGCCCUGGGGGAGCGUGGAGACAGACUGACUCGUGCUGAGGACAAGACUGUGGAGCUGAUGCACAAAGCCCAGCAGUUUGCAGACACUGCUCACAAGCUGGCCUUGAAGUAUUCAAAGUAGAGUCUGUCAGAGGAGGAAUGGAAUUCUUCGGGAUGUAACAUGGACACUAACACUGUCUGAUGCAGUCUGGGCCCAGCAGAUCCUCAUGAAGCCCAUCUGUGAGAAGACAACUGGAGAAGGCUCUGGACUGUCACUAAACUGCUUCUUUGAUUACUGAGUGCAGCAGAGAACUAAAUACUCUGUCUUUGUGAUUUUAACCUUUGCUUUUCCUGUUCUGUCCCAAGGUCUGAGGAUCAUCUGCACUGUGUUCAGUGUGAAUGUUUUGCUGAUGAAUAGAUUGAAACACACAUUUAUUUUGAAGCCACUGCAGACCUUCCUGUGAAAGUCAUUGAACUGUUUUUACCAGCACUAAGAUCGGUGUGACAGGUAGUACUGCUCAUGGAGGAUGGUAUUUUUUUGGUAAUGUAUCUGCACAUGGUUUGGACUUAAUUGGAUUUAAUUGCACUAAAUGUUUGAUUUGAUGUUACUCUACACUUUGUUAUCACCACUUGUUGGCAUCAUUCUGUGUUCCUGAUAUAUGUGUGUGUGUGUGCGUGUGUGUGUGUGUGUGUGCAGUGUCAUGUUGUCAAAUCUGUGUUCUCCUCUGUGUUCAUAUUAAUGUGUCCCAAACACUCAUCAAACUGUCCCUUUAUAUUUUGUCUGCUGUACUGUGUCUUCUGGUCUGUGUAUGUCAUCAUGUUACAUUUGUAUUAGAGUUCUUGUCUUGAGAGUUGAAUGAAGGUGGAUCACGUGGUUCAGGAGUUCCAUAGUGAGCAAUGUGAGUGAAGCUGGUCUGUGUAAAAAAAGUCAGGGUGACUUUAGAAGGUUGAAAUGUUGACUUUAGUUGAAGCCCUUCAUGUAACUUGGCGUAAGACUGAUGUAAACAGUGAGUGGAGUAUUUGUUCCUGUAAGCUUGACCCAAUUUGGACUGGAGUACUUUGAUACAUUACAGGAAUCGAGGGAAUUAAUUUUAACCCAACUUUUCUUUUCUGUUUUGUUUAUUGCUUUUGGCUACAGUUUAAUGUAUGUGAUGUAAAUGUCUCUGAUGUAUUAACUUAGUGGCAAUGCUCCCACUCUUCACUUUUAACCAAUUAAAUAAGCCUGGACCUGUA